CAGCUGCAAACAGAAUGGAAAGAGCAAAAUGCUCAUCAGGGUGAAGACCUCAAGAAAGAGAGAGACCACAAGGCAUUGAUUGGAAUUGAGGAAGAGCAGCUAGGGUCCCAAGAACCACAGACUGUUGCGAAGUUGUCUUUCAGUGAAGGUCAGAAAGUGUCAAACAAUGAAGAGAGACUGCUACAAUUGACUCCUGCUGAUGAGUCAAACAAGACAGAAAUGGGUGGGUUUUCCACUGUCCCUGAGCAGAGCAGCCCAGAGAGUUUUUUGCUUGAAGAAGAUGAACCGAUGGAUGAUGAUUCAAUCUUCAAUGAGGAGGAGAUUGAACCCUCAACAGAUGAGGAGUUUAAGUUGUGGAGAUAUCCUCAGGACAAGGUGUGUAAAGAGGAAGAGUCUCUCUUGUCUGAUGAGAUGCAGGAGGAGUUGUGUGCUCAAGAGGAAAAAGGUGUGAUGAAAUCAUCUCUAAAGGCAGAGGAAAAAGCAGUCAAUGUUGCCAGUAAUGAUAGUAAAUGUUUAGGUGAAGUCUCCUCUGAGAUCACCAGUUCCUCUGGAUUGCAGGAAGAUGAGAAACCAAAAGCAGAAGAAACUCAGUCUACAUUAAACAGAGAUCAAGUGAACAUGGAGUCCUUUGAACCACAUAAGGAGGAAGCAACUAGUGGAGAUCCUGAUAUUUUUACAAUACUGCAAGAUCAAAAAGAUGCAAAGGGGUUUAUCUACAAGGAAGAUGUAUGUCAACAGUCAGAAGACAUCCAGACAGUUGAUGAUGAAGUGAAACCUAUUGAGUCAAAUGGCAAAGUGAAACAAAUAGUGUCCUGUCCUGUUGUGGCGGAGUCAGAAAUCCAGGCAGUAGGAAUAGGCCGUCAGAGAAACACUGAAGCUGUAGCACAGCCAAAGGCAGAGCAGCCAUUAGACAUUAAUGCAAAUGAUACAGCUUUGGGUUUGACGGAGGCCAAGGUUUCAGAUUGUGUUUUGACAGAAAAAAUGGAGCAAGAAUCAGCAGAUGAAAGAAAGGGUUGUUUGCAUGGGCAGUCAGAUGAAACUCACAAGGCAGAGGAAGGAGGAGAGAGCAGAAAGAAAGUUACUUUUAUCCUGGAGCCUGAGUUUAUUGAUGUCUCAGCACUGUCUCAGACAAGCAACUCUGUAGAGCACAUGGCAGAGACAAGCUUCUCAGAUGCUGAGCUGAGCUCUCAUGACGAGACCAACACUGCUGAAAUAAUUGAUCGGAUGUUUGAGGAGGUGCUGGAAUAUGCUGAAAGGAUGGAGAGGGGCGGUGAUGAGGAUGGUGAUAGUGGCAUUGGGGUUUGCUCCGGGGACAAAGAUAAAAUGGACACGGAGUCCGAGAAGGAGAAAAGUGAAGAAGAGGGAGAGGCCAAAGAGGAGUGUGAUGAGAUCAAGAAGCUUGAGAGCAAUGGAGAUGACCUGCUCACUUUCCCUCCCAGUGGCAUCCUCUCCCCUCUCAGCAAGUCUGUGGAGGCUGUGGUCACCCCUCUGCGGUUAGCAGCCAGUCAGGAAUCGAAUCCCCCAUCUCUGCUUCUGAGUCCUGGGGAGACCUCCACCCCUCCUGCUGAAUCUGCCCCUCUGUACAGUAUUGAUGCCUACCGCACACAAAGGCAGAGUAAACUGCCCACCAUUCUGAGCGUUACACCGGGGCCUCAGAGACGAGCUCCAGAGAAGUCACAGCCUCAAAGUUCUGUCAACACCAAGGAGAGGAUCACGGCUCUCAAUGAAGAAGCAGGGAAACUGCAGAAUGUGAUCAACCAGACACUGCAGGCUCUGAGCUGCUGUACUGAUGCAGAACAUGGACGAGGCUCACUGGAGGAGGCUGAAGCAGAAAAACUACUGCUGGUGUCCUGUGAGAAACGCUCUGCUCUGCAGGCAGAGGUGUCCAGACUGAGGGCAGAGAGGAACUCUGAGACUGGAGACUCGGAAAAGGAGGACGGGGAGCAUAUUUCUCAGCAACCUUGUAGAGGGACCGUCGGCAUCACAAACAUCCAGCUGCCACUGAAGGUUGAAUUUGUCUGCUCCUCCCACAGCCGGACAGGUCGGCCAAGUCACUACUUUUUCAUCCUGAUCCGUUACGGACCCUGCAACAUCAUUGCCACUCCACUUGCCACAGCUGCUGACGCUCAGAAUGGAGACACCAUCUCCUUCCCAACCUCUGUCACUCUGAAGGACAUCCGCUCAACCUUCGAGAUUGAUGUGGAAGUCUACAGUCUGUCCCAUACUUCAGGUGGUCACUGCAGCAUGGACCGUGCAACUACCAAGUCACGGGUUACACCAAGAAAACUACUGAACACUAUCACAAGAUCCAGUCAUACUUUGGCAGCUGCUGCACUGCCUGCGCUCAACCCCCGGCGCUCCAGUAACUUUUGUCUUGUAGGCUCCCAUAAGCUCACCCUGACCUCACUGGGACACAGCAAGUUCCCUCUGGAUAAGAUGAAACUCGAGGGCAAAAUCAGGAGGCUGCUGGGAGAUGAGUUUCAGGAAAAGGUGCCUUUUCUCUCUCCUCUAGAGGGCAACAUCUACCUACGACUGGACAGCCAGAGUCAUUCUAAUGUGCAGCACCAAGGCUUCUUGACGAUGUUUGAGCUGAUCAGUGGAUAUGGGGUGUGGCAUCGCAGAUAUUUUGUCCUGGAGGGAUGCAGCAUGUAUUACUGGAACCACCCCAACGACAAAGAAACCAAGGAAGCAGAGGGCUGCUUCUACCUGUCCAGCUCUCCCAGUCAGUGUGUCAGGCCGGUCAAGAGGGACUCUUGUGCUCGACCUUUUACCUUCGAGCUGGUGAGCAACAUCCCACACCAGCAGCAGGACAGCCAGGAAGCCAAGGCCAAGUGUUGGUUUUCUGCUGACACUAAAGAGGAGAGACUGGACUGGAUGGAGAAACUCAACCAAGCUCUUUUGGACUUUCACACGUGGAACCGAACAUCAAUGACCAAAACUGAAAGUCAACAGUCAAACACGAGCAGUGGCAACCUGAGAGAAAGCAUACUCUAAAUAAUCAUUAAACCAGCACUCAGAUUUAGUGUCUGGAAUCAGCUUUUAAGUGUCUGGUAAAUGAUGACGAGCUUCUUCACAGGCUCCGUAUCACUGUUGAAAUGAAACGGCCAACUUUAUGAAUGUAUAACCAGGCAGAAUAUUAUGCCUCUAAUGUUGAGUUAUUGUUGGUAGAUUUGAGUUUUUGUUUAUUUCUUUUAAUCUGAAUCCAAUCAUUACUGUUGGUUUACACUUUUAUUUUUCAAAUUACAGUUGCCAUUUGAUUUUUUUUUUUUUCAUUUUGUCAGAAUCUGUUUUUAUUUUGGUACUUUUUUUUUCCAAUGGCAAUGAGCUGCUUUAGCCAUCGUUGGCACUGACGUGUAGUCACUUUCAGGAGGUAAAGGGGGAUGGCUUAUAUAUUUUUGGAAUAAUUAACACUAGCUUGUAUUCAGAUUCUAUUUUGUAUCACUUAAACUGGAAGCAUAAACAAAGUUAUAUAGAAACACUAAUAAUUAUCGAUGAAGGAUAAUACAAUUAACUCUAAUGUACUUGCAAAUGCAAGAAAUGAAGGAAUAUUAGUACAGGAGUGGGAGCUGUGUAGUCAUUUAGAUUUACAGUAUCUGUUCACUGACACAGUUGAGCCAUUCUAUGUAGAAGUUAAUUUGGGUUUUUGAAACAACCCGUCACAAUCUGUCUGCUCUUAUUGUUGACACAAAGUGUCACUGGUGUGUUGAGGGUGUUUUUUCCUUCCCGGUGUCCUGAAGUUUUCUCGAUUUCCAGAUCUAACUUGUGUUUCUGCACAUGUGAAGCCACAUAUAUAAACCAUGUUAUAGAUGAGAAGUCAGAGAAGGCACUGCAGUGAUGCUGCACUAAUGAAUGUCGUCUGUUUUGUCUGACGUCCUUUCCUUUUCCAUGUAUUUCCACCUAUCGGUCUGUCACUGUUGAAAUAUUCUACAUGUUGACUCUCCUUCUCUGCACCAAUAAAAUAAAUGGUAUAAAAUGGCUACAAAAAA